GACUUAAAACUCUCUGAUAUGACCUUUAUCUUGUUAGACGCACGAAUCAAAAGCAAAUGACGCCUGCCCUAUUUUCGAUAGACGUCAUGCUGUUUAAUUUGCAGUCUGCAAAGUGUUUUUACAUUUACAUCUGCAAGGCUUUGUGAGAAAUUCAAUAUCAUUACUCAGGUUAAUCUCUUUGAUAGACUGGAAUGGUGACGAUAGCGGGAGAAGAGGUCAGAGCGAUGGGCGUCUUUAUCUUACUUUAACGUCAUAAUCUUACCUUUUACCCACUGAAUGUAUUACAUAUCUGACUCUUUUAUUUCAUAAGGAUUUGUCUCCUUUCGCUUUUCAUCAAACACCACCUACAAAGGUGAGGUGGGAAGAAGGAGAGAGAAGAGGGGGAGAGGAGAGAGUGUAAAAGAGAGAGUACAGAAGCUCCUCCUCAUUCGCUGCGUGUGUUUUCUUGUGUGUGUUUUUUUUUUCCGCCUGUUCUUCACACACACUCUCGCUCAGCAGAGAUUCAGAGGUGGAGAGCAAAUAUUCUCACUGGGAAAAGGGGGGAAGGGAAGCAGAUUUGCUUCAUCUACUAUCAAGAAAGAGGGAUAAACAAGGAAAAAAAAGGAAAAAAAGGGGUAGAAAAAUAAAGUGCUAUUUUCAAGGCAGUGCAGAGGGGAGCUACUUUUAUCAGCCUUGCCUUCUGCACGUGCUCAGUAAGGCAAAGCUGUAUUUCCAUGAUGGAGAGGAUGCAAGGAGAGGGAGAGGUGGAUCACCUGGAGCAACCAAGCCCACUUACGGACAAGGAGAGGGUGAUGAUCCAGGACUCCUGGGCCAAAGUCUACCAGAACUGUGAUGACGCUGGGAUGGCCAUACUAGUCAGGCUGUUUGUGAACUUUCCCUCGUCCAAGCAGUACUUCAGCCAGUUCAAGCACAUCGAGGAGCCAGAGGAGCUGGAGCGCAGCGGCCAGCUCAGGAAGCACGCCCACAGAGUCAUGAAUGCCAUCAAUACUCUCGUGGAGAGCCUGGAUAACUCAGACAAGGUGGCUUCAGUGCUGAAGCUCGUGGGAAAGGCCCAUGCGCUUCGACACAAGGUGGAGCCUGUGUACUUCAAGAUCCUCAGUGGUGUGAUACUGGAAGUCCUGGGUGAAGAGUUUUCAGAGGUUGUGACCCCAGAGGUGGCCGCAGCAUGGACCAAACUCUUGGCUACAGUCUACUGCAACAUCACAGCUAUCUACAAGGAAGUGGGCUGGACCAAACUCCCAACUUCAACUGGGUGAAGCUUUAGGUCUUCGACCAUAAACACCCAGAGACUUCUAAUUUUCUUAUUUUUUUUUCAGAGCCUUGUAAAGAAUGAACUAACUGUACUGACUUUUUAAGGGAGCAAUGUGUCUCCACAGAGGUUAUGUGAAAAGAUUAGGAAUACAUUUUUAAUCUAAGUAAUCACAGGCUGUGGAACAGAUAUUUUGCCCUUUGAAGGCUUAUUAUGUAAAUUAAAGCUCUCCUUGUUUUUUAUACUCUUGUAAAGGAACCAUUUAGAGGCUAGAGCAAAGAGGACAAAAACACAAUCAUAAACCUAUAGCAGAGUACAAGGGGUCACAUUUGACUUGGAUGUGCCUUCUACUGAAUGUGUAUAGCUAAAAACUGCCAUGUGGACACCAUACUUUCUAAAUAUCAUUCGAUGUUUUCUAACGUUUCCAUUUAUCAGUCCUGGCGUGACCCGUCCAUGAGACUUUUUCAGAUUUUUGACAGUAUUUAAUCCAGAUGAUUUUACAUGUUUCUCAUCAUGACUCACCUUUGAAUCUGUGUUUAACUAUUUUUGAAUAAAAA